GCAUUUAGAGACAAGGAUCUAACUAGGCUGCACUUGCCCUGCAAAGGCAUAGUGCAAUAUGUGGAGCCCGCCGUUUAACAUAUUCCGUUGUACUUAUACUGGAGCUUGACAACUCAGUGGCCUUGUAGCGCAUGCACCAAGUAGCAGAGAUGCCCGCGAGCCCUAUACCGCUGUCUACGGCGUUCGUCGGCCUGUCGCUUUUGGAUGGCGGCAGCUUCAUCGCAGACACAGAUAAGCUGCAUGCAGAUGUCAGCAAUGCCAAAUUUCGAAUGUAUAAUUGGGCCUUCUGCAUCUCACAUGGCGAUGAACACAUUGUGUGGGAUCUCGGACUCGAUGAGGAUCGCUCAUUGUACACGCCUUGGGUCAACAAGUUCAUGCUGGAUUAUGUGAAUCCUGCAGGUCCAAGAAAGAGCAUAGUACAGCAGCUGAGCGAGAGAGGUGUAUCGUCUGCCCAGAUUAAAACGAUAAUCUUCAGUCACGCGCACUGGGACCAUUGUCGACCAGUUCGAGAUGCGUUUUCGAAUGUAACGGCAUACUUCGGGCCCGGUACAAAAGCAGGGUGUGCACCAGGACAUCUUGCAGACCCAAUGGCGCAAUGGGAUGGAAGGUUCUUCGACCCUGAGCGAGCGACUGAACGAGCUGAAGAGCUUGGUGGUCCGUGGGCUCCGUUCGGGCCAUUCCAAAAGGCAAUGGAUUUCUUCGGCGACGGCAGCUUUUGGGUAAUUCAAGCGCCUGGGCACAUGCCUGGGAAUUUAUGUGCAGCGGCACGAUUAGAGAGCGGCGACUGGGUCCUGCUAGGCAGCGACUGCUGCCACUCAAGGGGCAUCCUCGAUGGAACCCAUGAGAUCGCGCAGUUCUGCGUGCCGCACCGGCAAGGCACGAUGUCGCUUCAUGCCGAUAUUGAGGCCGCCAAAGACACAAUCUCAAAGAUCCGAGUGCUGGAAAAAGAGCAUGGCUUCCACGUAGCAUUGGCACACGAUGCCGAAUGGCUGAAAAGAGGGUCUGAUAAGGUGCUUCUAGGCCUACUCGAUCCGCAUAUGCAAGUCGCGGCUAGAGAGCGAAUACCAAAAGAAGAGGUAGCCUAAUAGGAUAUGUGGCAUUGUAGUUGGGAUGGGAGUGACGGGUGCCCAGGAAGUACGCGGAAGGCAGGCACGACUCGAAGCAGACCUGUACUCGCGAUGUUUGGC